AUGACAAGAAGAUGGCUUUUUCUUUUCUUGAUCGAUAUCAUGUUAUCCACGGCAAAAUUUGAGGAUCAAACUGGAGAAGCAGGUUUGUUAUGCAUCAGUGACUGUGAAACAUGCCCUGUCAUAUGUGCACCACCACCCUCGCCAGUAAAUUCAAAGCCGCUGCCAUUGCCACCGCCUCAGCUGUCGCCACAGCCACCAGCCAACCACCACUCACCACCGCAGCCGUACUAUUUUGGUUCACCACCUCCAUCUUCACCUCCUCGUCCUCGUCCUUCUCGGCCCCCACCGCCAGCUUAUAUUUCGUGGGACAAGAGUCCUCCUCCACCAUCUCCUCCUCCAAAAAUCAUAUACAUUCCAGGGAAUCAGCCACCUAGUGUUGUUAUGGGGCCAAAGAAUUAUCCUUAUUACUAUUUCUAUGCUUCAAAAGCUGCUUCUAUUCCUCAUCAGGGAUUCUUUUUGCUGUUUAUUUCAAGUUUUGUUCUUCUUAGGUGA